UUUUGUUCUUGUAUGGAGUGCAAAAGCCAUCUUUUAUGGUGCUUUGAAUGGUGAAGGUGCACUACUUGAUUUAAGAACACGUGAUGGUAUACKCCCUUUUACUGUUGAUGCAACAGCAAACAUUUCAACAGUUUGUACGGGAUGGUUAGAGGAGUUUGUAGUCGUACUAAAUGACGGAAGGAUGUUCUACGGAAGAAGUCACCUAUCGUACAUUGUUGAGAUAUUUCCAGGCGAACCAGACACAAUUCAAAUAUCCACCAUGUUCGACCUUACUGGUCAGCUGAUACUGAUCACCAACUCGAGUGAAGGCCUGGGUUAUCGGAUUUUUCCCUUACGAAAUGAAGUGAUGAGUGCUAUGUUUCCCGAUGUACAGUGUCCUUACCUYGAACUUUCUUCAAAUAUUCCACCAGACGUGCAGUAUAUUGACAAAGGCGAGACAAAAKCAUUUUGGGUUUCUUUGGUUCAUCAUCUUUCAUCCAGCAAUACUGUAGWGCACAAGCCGUCGAGUACAUCACUUGUUGAAGUAACGAUGGAUGAACAAUCACAGUAUUAUCCAGGAAUGGUUAUGAUAAAUAAGACUUUCACCUUCUCGAAGACUAAGACAGACAACAAAUACACACAAAAUAGCACGUUUGGAAAAGGAACUAUGUCAGUAUUGUUUCACCCUAAAAUAACAGGUUUAACAUGCAUGGACCAUUGUGAAAAGGCGUUAUUAAUCAAGGCUGACUGCCCACCAACAAGACACUUAAGGAUUCGUAACUGUACAAAGGCAAUGGCAGAAGUAGCUUCUAAGGACUUUACAAACUACCAUAAUAUGGUACAGUGUGAAUUAACCAGCCGCRUAGGAAGUCAAAUGUCUCUAGUGCUAGACAUGUAUGAUGUCAAUCAAAGGGUGAUGACGAUAACACAGGAUUACAUCUUAUGGGAAGAAAAUAACCAAAAAGGAUUCUCAUACACAGCUACAAUGGCUCAGGCGGGGUGCAUUAAAGAAGCUCAAAACUGGGCCAAAAUGUCAAUCGAAGAGACAAAAAAUUCCUCGUGGCAUCAAAAUAAUUAUGAAAGCUGCUUUGAGGGCGAAGGCUCAAACUUUGACGGCUCGAAGUCAUAUGAAAUCCUCAAUAGUACAGGAGUUUCACGCGUUAUCUUUACUGCUAGUGGACCGUUUGCAUUUACGCUUAAAGUCAUUGAUCCAAACGUAAGCUUCUGUACUUUAACGGGUCGUUUCACGGUCAUGGUAAGUCCUGCUGAAGACAGCAAAGAGUUUUUACCGGAGAUUAUUGCAAUGUGUACCGUGAUUCUCAUCUCGUUCGGUCUUCUGUGCGCAAGUUUUUGGUUCUACCGUCGAGAGACGUUAGGUGAACAUGAACAGGACAGACAGGCAGCAGAGAGACUACAGCAACUUCGGUAA